GGGCACGCAUAAUGCACUGCCAACAAGGUAGUCAACCAGAUGUUCGGCAUAUCUGAAUAAGUUGAAAGUCCUCACAAACUCCAUGACGUUGCUUUUUAUUUAGGAAUUGAAAGCCACGCUCUUUACUAAUUGCCCUAUGAAAGUGGAAUUUCAAAACAUUUCCAUGCAAUUGACCACACGGCUCGAGUUGGUAAGUAAAAUAGCUUAGCUCUUAAUGGAGACCAGCAUAUACGCACUUUUAAUUGCAUUUUUUUAAAAUGGCAGCUUCCUCUUGCUUCUCUCCUAUCACUACGUGAGAUCGGCUGCGAGGUAUCUGCGGAGGGGGGCCUGAGUACUUCUAGCGUAAAUCACCGUCAAUCAAGGCUGUAGCAGUCAGCCAUUUUGAGUUUUCUUGAAAAAGGCCACUGACCCGCCUAGAACACGUCGGUAACAGGAACCCGCCAUGGCAACAAAACUGCCCUAACACCAAGUGAAACCUAUAUGCUGAAGACUACCAAAAAUGGACACAAAGGAAACGAACUUAUUGCUGUACGAACGAAAUUAGUGGCUUAGUCCCUGGAAUCAUGAAGUAAGCUUGUAGAUGUAAGCUCGUCGACGCCAUGCCGUACAAUCGUAUAUCCACCCAGACUGAUCCAGUUGUGGAAUUACGGAAGCAUAACAUGGCGCCAGCCAUUACACGUGAAAAAGCUACAAAGCGUCUGCAAAGUGGGACGACUAGAAUGACCUUGACAGGAAUUGAAAAGGAGACGUCUAGAUUACGAGAAAGAAAUACUCGAAGUAAGACUCCAGAGAUUUCUUCACCGUCAGUGCAACAUCCUUCGUCGUCAAAGUGGAAUCGCGAGGGCUUAACCUUAAGUGAAUCUUCCAGGAAAGUAAAAUUUCCGUCAGACUUUUCACAACAAAACGGAAGAUGGGGUAUUUAUCAGUCAAAAGCAAAGGGGAGGAUUGGCUUGCCUUCUAAAGACCAACCAGUAACUAAGACAACUGGGAAAACAUUGGAAACGUUAAAGGAUGGGACAACGAUAACAGCUAAAAGACGUCAAAGUGAGACGCCAGAAAAGCUACGGGGUAAUUCUUCAAGGAGGCAAUCUCUGUCCGUGCCGCUAGAUACCAAAGAAACCUACUCUAUUUCAACCAUUGUAAAAGCGAGGAGUUUGGCAAUGAAGUGGCGUGGUAAUAAAGGAAAACAAAGACGGAGAAACACAAUUUUGCCGACGAUUACCGAUGACUCUACGAAGUUUUCGCUUUGUGCGAAUGUGAAACGCAGCCCUCAGUUUGAGGAGGUGAUUAAACUUUUAGAAGGAGACCAAAACAUGGACGAUGCUGUUAGUGGUUUUAAACUUCUACAAUUAAAAUGACAAAGUCAGUUCUAGCAUUCGCUUUUUCAAGCUGGCGUCAAGAUGUUGUAAGAAGAAAUGCGCGUAUAGCCAUCUAAAUUACACGCAGUUUAACAAAAGGAAGGUGACAAUACAAGUACAUUGUUCACUGAGCAAGAAGCCUUUACUCAGCAGGCUUGUACCUGCAUUCGAUCUAUAUUAACUUCACCCGUAGAUUAGGGCUGGAAUAUUUUUGGUAUUUCAUCAAACAGUGCUUAACUAGAUAUAUAUAGACUGGGAUCAUGAACUUAAACAAGAAAAUCACCAUGAUUUUUGCUUAAUAAAAUAGGUUGUGUAGUCGACGUGUUUUUACUAAGCUUUCACGAAUUACUUCAGUUGCCAAAUUCUCCGUAUCAAAACAUCUCUCUGUUUGUACAAACGUACAAUGCCACGAAUUUAUUUCAAUAAGUCUUAAAACUACAAAAAUUCGACAUAACAGGGCCGAGAUCACUGCGUCGUCGCUCUUCACUUGGGCCAUUAGCCGUCACGGAUCGUAGCGAAAACUAGCAAUCGCCAGAAUUUUACCAUGUUGAUAUUGCCAAUUUAGGACACACAAUUAAAAUUGUAUAACGUAAUCUUUUUUUUUUUUCCCUCGCGCGUUCAUUAGCGCCUAAGAUCGAUCGCAAACAGAAAUUUGCAUGUGAAAAAGGCAAUAAGUAAAUAAGUUUAAGCUGAUCUGACAGAAGAUGACACAAGAGGUUUAACGUUAUUACAAAAGACUUGUUCAUUCGACAUUUGCUUUUGCUGACAAUUCGCCCUUCAACUGUAGAAAAUUGAUCAAAAUUGCAAGUUUCUGGCAACUCUAGACAGUGUUUCAGUUUGCACUACUUGUGGCAAUUAGUGGCCACCCAAAUCGUUGUGUAUUGUUCAUCAGACAAUGAAGAACAAAAAGGCAAGGCUGGUUUAAAGAUAUAAUUGGUGACUACCGUGGCAAUUAACUCACUUUCAGGAUUCACUUCCGACUUUAAAACACGUUUUGGAAGAUUUUAUUAGCAUACAGCUUUUGUCUCACUGCCAGCUGACAGUUAUCUACUUAUGCUAUCAACCACGUGAAGAACAUUUAUUUGUUUUAUAUAGCUCUUUGUUGCUAGCAUAUUGUCGGUUUUCCGUCGCGAUAUCAAAGUGAUGUUAUUUGAGUAAGUCAUGGCCAUCGAUAAAGCAGUUGUUUACUAUCGUAAAAAACUACGUGGAGACAUGGGUAGAUAACAGUGACCAAUGAGUUUGAGUUAUGUAUUCGGGCUGAAUUUUAUACGAUGUAUCUACUUUCACUAACUUACCGUAGAGACAAUUCAAUGUUACAUACAUAGAACUUUAGAUCUUGAGGAUCCGAGAAAAACGUCUCUUAUGCAAUUCUUUUAACUCUCCUUAAUUCCUAAAAUCACAAAUUAAAAAGUUUUAUAAACCCCUGCCUUUUGCGAGAAUUCAUCUUAGCUUCCUGUACAUGUAGCUGUUAAUGUUUUCCUGUAAGGCAAAAAUUAUAGUGCCUUUCUUUUGUCCAUUCUCGAAUCUAAUUUUUCUAGAGUAAUUUCAAGGUUUGUUAUUAAAAAUUACGAAACCUAGAUUUUAUCUUCGUCCGUUAUUAUUGCGGUCCAGUCCAAAAUAACUAUAUUUUAUCCGUCUUUUAUGCGUCUUUUACAGAAAUUCCGGAAUAAGAUGCUCACUCGUCGCUGGAAAUUUCUGAAAAUCGAAACCGGAAUUUUGGUCGAAUCAAAAGCGUCCUCUGCUGGUGUAAGCUAAUGGGUAUAAAUACGUUUUCAGUUCCUUUUUUGUAACCUAUUAGUCUCGGGGCUUCCAAUUUCGUGAAAAUGAUUUCCUAGAUCUCUGGCGUAAAAAGCCGUUUUUAUUCUAGAGACGCAUAAUUCUUCUGGACGAACUUGGGCGAAAGUGGCAUUUGAGACAAACCCAUAGAAUAGAUUGGUUUGAUGGGUGAAUUGUUAAAGUUGUCGGGACAUAAUGUUGAAUCCUGUGAGUUGGCUUAGCCUAUGAACAGGCUCCGGCUCGAAGGGUCUGACCCCCGAGGUCUGACCACGGCUGGGAGGGCCAAGAAGGAACUGGCUGAGAGUAAAGUGGCCGAGUGGGGGAUUGGACCUCCUCGAUCUCCCCUCCUCUCUCUUCUCUCAUCUUUCUUCCCACUCUCCUUUCACCCCAUCUUUGACUAGGGAGCCUAUUCCCAGACUGAAGUUGGAUAAAUAAAGCCAAUUUUGUUAUGACUAUGAGAACUCAUUUUUAAAGUUCUUAAAGUAGCUGCUGACAGUUCCUUUGCUUUC